AGUGCAUAAUUUAAAUUACAUCACGUGACUCAAUAACUCCACAAUUGGGGGAGCAAAUGGCUGAUGUAGUCAUCAUGAUUCUUUACACAUCCUAUUUCCAACUGUUGUCUCUUCAAUUGACAUUCCCCAAGUAUGCUGAGACCCAUCAAUUUCUUCAAAGGUCAUCCGACCCGUAAUUUGCUCCCUGUUCAGCAGGUGGCCGAUUCCUACAAUAAGGUAUUGCUUGGUAGUGACUAUUUGGCCUAUGAUAUUGAUCCAUUGAACCAACAUCCACUUUCCUACGGGACAGAUCCUGGAAACUAUGAUGUCAGAAAAACCAUCAGUGAUUGGACAAACGAGAAGUUUAAACACAAUCUUUCCCAACCUGAGAAUGUCAACCUCACGGCUGGAGCAUCCUAUGGUAUUGCCAAUAUUUUGGUUUCCACUACUGAUCCAUCCACGGUAACAAAGCAAGCGUUUAUAGUCUCUCCAACUUACUUUUUGAUUAAUAGUGUGUUUAUUGAUACAGGCUUUGAAGGCAAGCUCACGGCUAUCAAAGAAACCCCUGGUGCUGAGUACGAAAUUGACUUGGAGCAUUUGGAACAGAAGUUGAAGUACCACAGUCUUGGCUUGCAGGAUGGCGAAGGUAAAGAAAUCAAUAUUAUCAAGGAUCCGAUUAGAGGCCAAAGAAAGUUGUACCGUUUCGUAAUCUACAUGGUUCCAACAUUUUCCAACCCUGGUGGUAUAUCUUACUCUGUUGCAACCAGAGAAAAGUUGAUUCAGUUGGCUAGAAAGUACGAUUUAUUAAUCAUCAGUGACGAUGUCUACGAGUUUUUGGACUAUACUGAUAGAGAUGAGCCACUUCCACGCUUCAACUAUUUGGAUCAGGUGACUCUUCCACCUUACAAGAAGUUCGGUAACACCAUCUCCAAUGCUACUUUUUCCAAGAUAAUUGCUCCAGGUUUGCGAGUAGGCUGGCAAGAAACUCCAACGCCAGCGUUAGUGGAGCAGUUAGCAGUCACUGGCGCUAACAAAUCAGGAGGUACUCCUGGCCAAUUGGCAUCGUUGGUAAUUCAAGAUUUGAUUAAAACUGGCCAAAUAGAACUGAUCUUAGAAGUGUUCAAAACUGCCUACAAAUCGAGAGCCCAGACAGUUCUUUUCAGUGCACAAAAAUACUUGCCACCUUCCGCAGUCGUAUUCGGAGGAGAUGGAGGAUACUUCUUGUGGGUGAAGAUCCCUGGUGAUAUUGAUCAUAACCAAGUAAUUACAGUUCUACAGGAAAAAUAUAAAGUGGUGUUGGCUUCGGGAGACCACUUUGAGGUGGAGGGUGAUAAACAGGGCUGGGGUAAGAAUAACGUCCGAGUCUGUAUCAGUUUCCUUACUGAAGAAGAGAUAGAAGCUGGUUUCCGUGCUUGGGGUUCUGUGUUACAAGAGCUCUACCCACAAUUAUACACUACAAACUAA